AUGGCCUUGCUCUGGCUUCUCUCCUGCUUCACCCUGAUUGGGACCAACUUUGUCUCUGGGGCCCCUGCCAGCGAACCGGAGCUGAGCAUUGUACCCAGGAUCAUCAAUGGGCAGGACGCUGUCCCUGGCUCCUGGCCCUGGCAUGUGUCUCUUCAGUCUCCCACUGGAUUCCCCAUCUGUGGGGGCUCCCUGAUCAACUCGAGCUGGGUGAUCACCGCCGCCCACUGCAGAGUCACGACAUCCAACUUGGUUAUGGCUGGGCAGUAUGACCGACGCUCAUUUAAGGAUGAUAUCCAGCUAAUAAAGAUUUCCAAGAUUUUUAGGUACCCCAAGUUCAAGUACAGUAAAGUGUUCAAUGACAUCGCCCUGCUGAAGCUGGUUGUACCCUUCCACUUCUCCAAGACAGUGUCCCCCAUUGUUCUGCCCAGUGUUGACGACAAGUUCAGUGCUGGGACCCUGUGCACCAUCAUGGGCUGGGGGGACACCAACCCCAAUGUCAGCGAGGUGCCUGAGAAGCUGCAGGAAGCCAGCAUGCCCCUCCUGUCUACGGCCGAGUGCAAGAAAUACUUGGGCGAGCUUUACAAGGACACCAUGAUCUGUGCUGGGGCCAAUGGCGUCUGCAACUAUGAAGGUGACUCUGGUGGCUCCUUGGCCUGCAAGAUGAAUGGACGCUGGAUCCUGGUGGGCAUCGUGUCCCUGCUCAGUGAUGUCUGCCCCACUAAGGAUCCUGUGGUGGCCACUCGUGUCUCUAAAUUCAUGCCCUGGGUUCAGAAGAUCCUGGCUCACAACUGA